GUUUAAAACCAAACAAACAGACAACGCAACCCUCUCAACAACGAAGCUUCCUUCAAACCGCAAUUCUCUCCAAUCCCCAUCUUCUAAAUCUCCCCCUCCCUCCUCUCAAACCCUCCAAAACCUCUCUCUCUCUCUCUCUCUCUAUUUUUCGCUAGCUCUCAAUCUAAUUACAAACUCUUUAAUUUCAUCAAAUCUGGUCGGCGCAGCCUCCGGUUCGGUCUCUGGAACUAUGUCAGAGACCGAACAGCAGCAGCAGCAAGUAGUGCUCCGAAUCCCCGACAAUGCCCUCUUCGGGAAAUACGAGCUCGGCAAGCUUCUCGGCUGCGGCGCGUUCGCGAAGGUUUACCACGCGCGAAAUGUGUUCACCGGGCAGAGCGUGGCCGUGAAGGUGAUCAACAAGAAGAAGCUGAACGGAACCAGCCUCAUGUCGAACGUGAAGCGCGAGAUUUCGAUCAUGCGGCGGCUCCGCCACCCCAAUAUCGUCAAGCUCUAUGAGGUCAUGGCUUCCAAGAGCAAGAUCUACUUCAUCUUGGAGUUCGUCAAGGGCGGCGAGCUUUUUGCUAAAGUUUCAAAAGGGCGGUUCUCGGAGAAUCUCAGCCGCAAAUACUUCCAGCAGCUGAUCACCGCCGUCGGGUACUGCCACUCUAGAGGAGUCUACCACCGCGAUCUGAAGCCGGAGAAUUUACUGGUAGACGAGAACGGGAAUUUGAAAGUUUCGGACUUUGGACUCAGCGCGGUCACGGGUCAGAUCCAACCCGACGGGCUCCUCCACACGCUUUGUGGGACCCCGGCUUACGUUGCGCCGGAGAUUCUGACCAAGAAAGGCUACGACGGAGCCAAGGUGGACAUUUGGUCCUGCGGUAUUAUUCUUUAUGUAUUGAACGCCGGGUAUCUGCCGUUUAACGACCCGAACCUGAUGGCCAUGUACAAGAAGAUUUACAAGGGGGAGUUCCGGUGCCCAAAGUGGAUGUCGCCGGAUCUGAAGCGGUUCUUGGGUCGGAUUUUGGAUACCAACCCGAUGACCCGGAUCACCGUCGAUGAGAUCCUGAACGACCCGUGGUUCAGAGGAGGCGGCGAGUACAAGGAGAUCAGUUUCUACGACGAAGAUUACGAUAAAGGCGAGGAGGAGCAGAAGGCCAUUACGAGCUUGAACGCUUUCGAUAUCAUUUCGUUCUCGGUGGGUCUGGAUCUUUCCGGGUUGUUCGAAUCGAGUAACCCGGUUCAGGACUUGGAGCGGAUCGUGUCGUCGGAGUCGGUGGAGACGAUGGUGGGGAGAGUCGAGGAGUUCGCUAAACAAGAGAAAUUAAGAGUGAGGAAGAAGAAGAAUUGGGGAAUGGAGAUGGAAGGGCAGAAUGGUAAUUUGGUGGUUGGAGUCGAGGUGUUCCGGUUGACGGAGAGUCUGGUGGUUGUGGAGGCCAAGAGAACAGGCGGGGAUUCUGGGCCUUUCCACGACACGUGGAAGAAGCUCAGGUCCCGCCUGAUUUUGGGCCGCGAAGAAGUAGUCGAAGACCAAUCUUCAAUUGCUUCUUCUUCUACAUCUUCUUCUGCUUCUUCUUCAGCUGUACUGUUGAUCGAGUGAUUUUGGGAAAAUGGUUCUGGGUACAUGACGAUUAAUAAGAAGAAUGUGGUACUUUUGUGAUGGGAAUUUGGUUGUGCUUGAAAUAAAUUAGCAGAAGAUAGUCUAGAGACUACAAUGUACAGAGCUUUUGUGUAAGUGAGGGCUUAAUUAACAGAGAAUGAAGGGUUGGGACUAGAGCUCUCAACUCUGACUCUUGUUUUUUUGCAUUGCCUAACUAUUUGUAUUCGUUGUUUUUGAUCUUUAAUAACUGAUCGUAUUUCACUUGAUUA